GUGCGUGUGUGUGUAUGUGCAUAUGGCCAUGUCUGUGCGUAGAAAUAGAUGAACUGAUAAACUGAUAUAGGUUCGAACAGCAGCAAAGUACAGCGCACGCGCGGUCGUCAGCGCUCGGAGAUCACCGAUAGCAUAUUUCAAGGGACCUAGUAUGGCCGCCGCACGCAUCCGCUGUGCUUCCCCAUCAGCGUUCCAGAAUCACCUGACGAAGCGCAGGAGGACAUGAGGCCGCGCGCUCUCCUGCUGGCGCUGCUGUGGGGCGUCCACUCCGCGAGGGGCAGCCCGUCCGUGUACCUCGUGGACGACAUCUUCGGGAACUUCCUCUUGGUGAAGGGAGCCACGCUGUCGGAAACCACUUUCAAUAUCUCUGCUGAUUCGCUUUGUACAUGCCGUACGCAAUGUAACGCCUUGGCUGACUGUACGGCAGCCUCUUUGAUCGACGAUGUGUGUCGUUUGAGCUCCUCCGGCCUAAAAGUAUCGACGUUCACGGAGCACGAGAACGCCACUCUCAUGCUAUGGAACACCACCCAAGACGGAUCUUUCUGGCUGGCAGGGGACGGGCGCCUAUACCUGACCGUGAGCGGGAUGUUGAUUGCAGGUGACGCCUCGGCCACGUGCAGCGGGUUUCCCGGCUUCCGACUGGGGUCCUUCUCCUCCCUCGAGUCCAUGGCCGUCCUCAAGGAGUUCUUCGACAGAGAUGGCUCUAUGGUGUCAGUCGACCUAUCACCCAGAAACGUUUGGGGAGACGGCGUGCCCUACAAUCAAGCAAACAGCCUUUUCAACAGGGUCAUUGCCUCAGGUUACAACUUCGGCAUAGUGAACGGGGAUUUAACCCAUGGAUACAGAGGCACAAGAGUCAGGUUGCUGUGCCAGGCAGAUCUCGCUAACGCAGAAGUCCCAUGAAGUGAGGACCUCCGACAGGACAACGGUUCCUCGUGCUAGUCCUGGUGCCAGUGCCAGUUAUACCAGGCUGUUGAUAACUGAUGAAACUUGAAAAUUGUGGUUCAGUUACUUGGUCUUGGUAAUUUUAUUGCUAAAUGGGCAGCACAAUGUAGGAAGGGGACAAACGAGAACUUUACAUCGCAAGAGACGCUACAGGCAAAGAACUGAGAUGGGGGACGGUAACUGAACCAUUCUUUUACAAGCAACAUAGUUUAGUCUAAAUCACUGAACUAUAUGCCUUUCAUCCUCAAAUCUUGAACACAUUUAGUCUCUUGAAUGGUUUAGAAUAUAUACUUCCUAAGAAACGAACCAAAAAAAAAAGGAGGGAAAAUGUACUGUGCUAUUUUCACGCUUGUUGUAUGUAUUUUGCUCACUUUUUGUUAUCAAAGCGAAUGUGCACUUGCCAGUUUGUCGAUGAUUGAUGCCAUGGUAAACUUUGGUAUUUUUAAAAAUAAUUGAAACAUUCGUGAUGAUGAUUAUUUGACCUAGAUCAAUUUAAUUAUAACAUACUUUCAGGCGAACAUCGAAAGCCUGUCAAGUGCAUCUAAACUUGAAAAAUAAGUCGAUGAAUAGAUCAGAAAAUAAGAAAUAAAAGUGUAGACCCACCCAAGAAGACGUACCAUUUGUACAAGCGUACAAAUGGUAUGGGAUAAACACGUGUUAUCGGUAAAUACAAGAAGAUACUGAUACUGUUGUUUAUAUCAAUUUAAUUACAAAGUACGGAUAAGACGAUUAUAUUGUGUGUACUCCGUAAAACCUUGUUUCAGUAGUCAGUGACUGACCUGACCCGACCUAACCAAACCUAACCAAACCGACUGUAAAGGUGGUAGUCAAGACCCCCCCGU